CCAAGAUGGCGGAAUAUGCGAAGAAGAAAAGACCAAAAGCAAGCGACAAGUUUUUAUGAGUGUAUUUAAAUGUUUGAAUGCAUUAAUCUAUGCAUUUGUUUAGCCAAAGCACAUAGUUAAUGUGAAUAUCAAUAUCAAAUCUACAGCGCAGAAUCGCUACGUUUUGCGCCUCCUCCAUAUCGCAGAGCUUUUCAAUAAGCUAAAAAUCCAAAAUCUUUUAUUCACGGACGACGACCUAGUAUCUCUGUAAAGCAGAAUAAGAUCGACGUCCGAGAUUAUUAGUCUUUUGGUAUUGGGGGAAGGGUUGCGGCUGACCCAAGGUAAAUAUUCAUUGUCCAGGAGCUGAGCAUCUGCGUUUUCCUGUAAGUCUUUCCAUUGAACUGGGUGCACGGAUACUUGCGCGCCUCUACGAAACUGAACUGUCGAAUCUCGGAAUAUUUCGACGCCACGCCGCGUUAGUUGUGUGCGUGCAUGCGCACCCAGUUGUAGGCUCCAAUUUUCCACCAUCUCUUAUCCAGAUAAACGGUAUUGUAACCAAAUCACCGCCACAUCUAACAGCAGACUAUGUCUGUCUUUUUGCGUCACCAAAAUCCACAAGAGCACACAUAGCUAUGGCUGCAACGAGAAAACUGCAAGGCGAAAUUGAUCGAUGUUUAAAAAAGGUAGCAGAGGGUGUUGAAACGUUUGAGGAUAUUUGGAAAAAAGUACACAAUGCUACAAACACCAAUCAGAAGCAAAAACAUCUGCAAGAAAAGUACGAGGCAGAUCUUAAAAAGGAAAUUAAGAAGCUGCAGCGAUUGCGCGAUCAGAUCAAAUCAUGGAUUGCAUCGGCCGAAAUCAAGGAUAAAAGCUCGCUUCUUGAAAAUCGUAGGCUCAUUGAAACCCAAAUGGAACGCUUUAAAGUGGUGGAGCGCGAGACAAAAACAAAAGCGUACUCCAAGGAAGGUUUGGGCGCUGCACAAAAGAUGGAUCCUGCCCAGCGGAUCAAAGAUGACGCCCGCAAUUGGUUAACCAGUUCAAUAAGUUCACUUCAAAUUCAAAUUGACCAGUAUGAGAGCGAGAUCGAAUCGUUGCUGGCAGGUAAAAAGAAACGAUUGGAUCGUGACAAACAAGAGCGAAUGGAUGACCUGAGAGGGAAGCUGGACCGGCAUAAAUUCCAUAUAACAAAACUAGAGACUCUGCUCAGGCUGCUCGACAACGACGGAGUCGAAGCAGAACAGGUGAACAAGAUCAAGGACGAUGUCGAAUACUACAUUGAUUCAUCUCAAGAGCCGGACUUUGAAGAAAAUGAGUUCAUCUAUGAUGAUAUUAUCGGACUCGACGAAGUUGAGCUUAGCGGAACGGCCACGACAGAUAGUAACAACAGUAACGAGACAAGUGGGUCCCCAAGUAGCGUUACCUCCGGAGGCAGUCCAUCACAGUCACCCGUCACGGUUCAACAAAUUUUAAACACACCGUCGCAGCCACUGUCCAGUAGUGGCAGCAGCGCAGCCAGCGCAGCACUGUUUCAGCAGCAGCAGGCGACGACGUCAAAUGGCAACAACGGAGGAAGUGCGAGCGAAACAAUUUCAGCCACAUCAUCGGUCACCACGUCUAUAGAAGCAGCAUGUGGCACAGUUGCUAUAAAUUGUGGUGGAGGAGGGGUUGGUGAUAAACGUAACAAGAUCAACGAAAGCAAUGCCAACAGCAAAUCGAAAACACAGCACCUUAUUAAGCCAACACCCGUACGAGCGACGACCAAGCCGCCUUUAAGUAGUGAUGUUCAAGUCAAUAAGAUUGCCAGUUCAACUCCCAGCAAAAUCCAGCCACAGCUGUCCACAGCAUCUUCACUCAUCGCAGCCUCUACACUUCAGCCGCAAAACGGUAGCAGUGGAAAUUUCAACUCCACAGGGACGGGAGCAGCACAAUCAAUAUCCAGUGGUAAUAUUCCUGCGGUACAGCCACACGCUCCAACGCCUGGCCACAGCGGCUCCAGUAUCGCAGCCGCCACAGCAGGUGCAUCUAAUGCCGCCACAGCAGCUACACCUAAUGCCGGUUCGGCAACGAUCAGCGUCAAUCUCCAAGCCCCAUCUGUGAUCCAAGCAACACCAACAAUUGCAUUUGCUGCAGUAGCAAAACACAAUACAUCAUUACUAGAAAAUGGUCCAGUACUACAGCAGCAACCAACAACAGCUCCCACAGUAGCAGCUAUCGUAGGAGCUGUAGCGCAGCCUCAGCAGCAACAUGGGCCCCAAUUAUCUAAUCUUCAAAUGAAUUCCCCAAACAUGCAAAAUGGUCUGACGAUCUCGGAAAGUAAUACUGACAAUAACAACAGUGUUGCCGAUACAAUAUCCCUGAAAACAAUGGCACAGGAAGCCAUUAAUAGAUCAGCGACCGAUUACAAUUCAUUAAAUCAGCAGCAAACAAGCCACACUGACACAAGGCAGCAGCAGUCGCAGAAAUUACUCCUCCAACAUUUCAGCACGGAAACAAAACCCAAUCAACAGCAAUUGACACCGCAGCACCAACAGCAGCUUCAGAAUACCACCGGUUCAAUUGUGGGAACCACUGGAACCGGAAACGGACCUUCGACCGGUAGUGGACUUAUAAAUCUGGCGAACGCUGCUGGUCAGCCCAUCAGCGGAAAUGCCAAAUCGCAGGCAUGCGCGCACCAGCAGGUGGCAACAACGGAAGCGCACAUUCCUACUCUGCUUGGAGUGACACCGUUAGGCCCAACGCCACUCCAGAAGGAGCAUCAAAUGCAGUUCCAAAUGAUGGAAGCGGCGUAUUAUCACCUGCCACAGCCCAUGGACACUGAAAAGCUGCAAACUUACUUUCAUCGCGCACCAGUGCCUACGCCAGCGCAUUAUCCACAGGCACAGCUGCCAAUAUAUGAUACCGUUGAAUUCUAUCAACGACUCUCAACGGAGACCCUUUUUUUUGUAUUCUACUAUAUGGAGGGCUCUAAGGCGCAAUAUUUGGCGGCCAAGGCCUUAAAAAAACAAAGUUGGCGUUUUCACACAAAGUACAUGAUGUGGUUUCAAAGGCACGAGGAACCCAAAAUUAUCAACGAUGAUUACGAACAGGGUACGUACAUCUAUUUUGAUUAUGAAAAGUGGAGUCAGCGAAAGAAGGAGGGAUUCACUUUUGAAUAUAAGUACUUAGAGGACAAGGAGCUGAAUUGAAAAUGUUGCGAUGUGUUUUUCUUCGUUCGUCUAUAAGAAAAUCAAUCCAUUAAAAUAAUAAAAUAAACAAAUACCAUUUUAA